AAGUUUACCUGGUGGCCAAUUCGGGGAACUACAAAUUCCAGACCGCUACCCUAUAAACUCAGUCACUUUUCAAGUUUUAGAAGUUUUAUUUUUCUAACAUGGUUCCAAGGCUGCAGGUCUUUCUCACUCACUCUGACACACACACACAUAUAUUUUCAAAUCACAGUUUAUUAUUACGGGUCAAUAACUCUGAGUGCUGACAUGUGGUUCCCCCGUGUCCCCGUGUACGCAUAUUGUAUAGUUUUAGACAUUACGUGUCACGGUAACAUGUGUGGUUUAAUUCAACUGACCAGGUUCAUUUAGUGAUUUAUAUCGAUGUCAAAUCUCGCCGCGCUACAGGUUCUCUUUUUAAUCCGUAAUCGGCAAAUUACUAAUUUAAUGGAUCAACAUUAUUCAAUUAUAUGACACACUGAUUCCGAUGUGAGGUCAAAGGUCAGCGAUAUCGUAUGUGUACACCUUGUAAAGGCCGCUGAGGCUAGUUCGUAAUUUGUGAUAAUGGGCGAUACACAAAAAAGUGAAUGUAAUUGACGACCUGCUCACCUUGUACUCUUCAUAAAACAGUGCUGCAUUGGUUUCCACUUUUUCGUGUAUUUUAUUCACACUGUUCAUUGUCUGGUUUUGUCCUUCUCCAUCCAGUCGUGUAAUCACGUAGUUUAACUGAAACUUAACGUGUGUAGUUGUUCAUUAGUGUGUCACUGUGCACAUGCAGCAGCUCAGAAGCGAUCCUACGAUGACAAGACGGACAUUAACUUCACACAAUGACGUUUUUUCUCUUCUUCCAAAAUUGGUUGGCAUCCUAAAUCACCAUGGGGAAGAAGAGCAGAGUGAAGACGAAGAGGUCUGGCUCGGGAGCCAGCGCUGUGGUUUCCCCCAAGGAGAUGACCAACCUGAUCUCAGAGCUGCUGCAGAAAUGCAGCAGAGCAGCGCCCUCUGCUGGUAAAGAGUGGGAGGAGUACCUGCAGAUCAGAGGCCUGGUGGACAAGAUUCGCAAAAAACAAAAGGGUAUGUCCAUCGUGUUUGAGGGCAGCAGACAGGACUACUUCCCAGGCCUGUUGUCCUGGGCUCAGGACUGCGGCGCGUCCUGUGACAGCUUCACGGUGGCCCACUUUGGGAGCGAGGGCUACGGCCUGCAGGCCACCAGAGACAUCAAGGCAGAGGAACUCUUCCUGUGGAUUCCCAGGAAGAUGCUCAUGACUGUGGAGUCGGCCCAGAACUCUGUGCUGGGCCCUCUGUACAGCCAGGACCGGAUCCUCCAGGCCAUGGGCAACGUGACGCUGGCCUUCCACCUCCUGUGUGAGCGGGCCGACCCCGCCUCGCCCUGGCUGCCCUACAUCCGCAGUCUCCCCGAGGAGUACGACACCCCGCUCUACUACCAGCAGGAGGAGGUGCAGUUGCUCGUGGGCACGCAGGCAGUGCAGGACGUGCUGAGCCAGUACAAAAACACGGCGCGCCAGUACGCCUACUUCUACAAACUGCUUCAGACUCAUCCGGCCGCCAGUCAGCUGCCCCUGAAGGACCGCUUCACAUUUGAUGACUACAGGUGGGCCGUGUCCUCUGUGAUGACCCGCCAGAACCAGAUCCCCACUGAGGACGGCAGCCACAUCAUCCUGGCCCUGAUCCCGCUGUGGGACAUGUGUAACCACACCAACGGACUGAUCACCACCGGCUACAACCUGGAGGACGACCGCUGUGAGUGUGUGGCGCUGCAGGACUACAAGCAGAACCAGCAGAUCUAUAUAUUCUACGGCACGCGGUCCAACGCCGAGUUUGUGAUCCACAACGGUUUCUUCUUCCAAGACAACGGCCACGACCGGGUGAAGAUCAAGCUGGGCGUCAGCAAGAGCGAGCGCCUCUUCGCCAUGAAGGCCGAGGUGCUGGCGCGGGCCGGCAUCCCGGCGUCCUGUAUCUUUGCUCUGCACAGCAAUGAACCGCCAAUCUCAGCCCAGCUGCUGGCCUUCCUCAGGGUCUUCUGCAUGACGGAGGAGGAGCUGAAGGACUUCCUGCUGGGAGAGGCGGCGGUCCACAAGAUGGCGACUCUGGGGAACAGCGAGUUCCCCGUGAGCUGGCAGAACGAGAUCCGGCUGUGGACCUUCCUGGAGACACGAGCCGCUCUGCUGCUGAAGGGCCACCGGAGCAGCUGGCAGGAGGACGGCGCCAUGCUGGAGGAACCCGACCUGUCACUCCACUCCCGCGUGGCGGUCCAGCUCCGGCUGGCCGAGAAGCAGAUCCUCGAGACGGCGUCGGCGAGCGGGCGCGCCAAGCGGCUGCACUUGGAGCAGCAGCUGGCGGACGGCGCCCCGCUGCCUCGCUGCGAGGAGAGCGCCGACGCAAAGGUGGAGGAGGAGCACCGUCACCUCCUCAAUGGGGAGGAGGAUGUGUAUGGCGUGGAGAUGGAGGUCAGGAAAGAUGCUCUUUCAACUUUGGACUCCAUUGGCGGUUCAACCCACAGAGGCCAAAGGGGCGGAGCUAGUCGAACUGAAGAUGACCCCAAAGAGAAGCGUGAAUAAAAGAUGUAACGCCA